AUGCAGGGAAUGGGGACCUUCCGGCUGGGGAGAAGGACUGUGAUGUACACAGUGGAAACCAUUCCCAAAGGGAAGAAUCGAGUGCUGGGGACCAUCCAGAUCAUGACUGGCUUCAUACACAUUAGCUUUGGGAUCAUUCUCAGCACCUUGACCAGUGUAUAUACCUCAUACUUUGUGUCUGGAGAGAUCCCCUUCUUGGGAGGAGCAUCCUUCAUUGUCUCCGGAUGCCUCUCAAUUGGUGCUGAGAAGAGCCCUACAGAGUGUGCAGUGAAAGGCUCCCAAGCCAUGAAUAUCAUCAGUGCCAUCUUUGCAUUACUUGGAAUAUUGACUUUUAUAGUAGACCUGAGCAAAAAUGGGUCAUUUCAUUACGAUGAUAAUCAUCACUAUUCUCUGGUUAUGAAGACAGGCAAUAGGAUUGCCAUUGUAUUGCUGACAUUCACCAUUGUGGAAUUUUGCAUCGCAACUGCCACUGCAUAUUUUUGGUGUAAGGCAACCCGUUCUGAUUCCAAUGAGGCCAUAUUGAUUGAACCGAACACCAUCAGGACAGAUACUGAGGCCGCAUCUGUAGAAUCAUCAGCAACCCAUCCGCCAAAUUCCAACGAUGUAAGUUACGAUUUAAAAGUAGAGACUGUGUAGAAGACUCAAGAGGAGGAAUCUGUAUGGAGAAAUCACACCAGCUGCACCUAUUUUGAGGUGUCAACGCUGGCCCUUUCCUGCAUGACAGAGUUCCGUCAAUUACUGCCAGUAUUCCAGCUGCCAGGCCAGCGAGGCCAAAGGGACCAUCUCUCUUCUUUCUCCAGUACAGUCUCAGCUUUAGACUGUGGCUAAGAAGCAUGCGGCUUGAUAUGCUCUGCCUUGGACUAGGAGGUAACAUUUGGAC